UACAAAUGUAAAUAAAUAACGAGAACGUUAUUUGUGGUUAUUCGUUACUUGUUUUCCCUUUUUAAAAUCAAUAUUUCAGCUCGAUGUAUCCUUAUGGUUUACAGGUAGGUUGUCUCUCUGAUGGUGGCCGAAAUGUUACAUGAUUCGCAAAAGUUUCGAAAUCGAAUUCAAUUUGUUUCAAACCAGUGAGCGCGUAUGAAACUGCCCUAAAUAGUAUUUAAAUUUACACAUUGUACACAUUGUAGUAUGCACAUUGGGACGCAGGCCGAGACUUCGUUACGCCAUAGUUUUGAAAUUUUAAUGAUGUCCACUAGUGACUGACAUGUCCACUUUCAAAUGCGUUUGUUAAAUUAAGGUCUUGUGUUGUAGAGUGCACGCUCGGUACCGUCGAGAAUUCGCGCGAUCGGUAAAACGAAACCGAAAGUAAAACGCCCAAGCAUAUUUAAAAACAAUUUUAAUAACCUGCGGUUAGAGAUCAGUUCCUCCAAAAGUUUGGAAACGCCCUAAGUGGGGGUUUGGACAAUAUUGGCAUGAAUCCUUUUUAAUUUGUCAUAAUUUUGCACUGAUAACACAAACCACCAAAACAUAUUUUACUACAUAAACAAUUUAUACAUAGAAAAAGCUCGAUUCAUCAGAAUAUCCACCAUUAGCAGCUAUUACAGCUCUGCAUAAUCUGGGGAUCCGAGCUGUCAGUUUAUUCAAACAUUGACUUGAUAUAUUACUCCAAGCCUCCUGAAGGAUUGCCCAAAGAUGAUUUACACUGGUUGGACCCUUCUCACGGACAUCACGGUCCUCCCAUAGUAGCUCAAUUUGGUUGAGGUCAGGUGACUGGGGAGGCCAUUCCAUGACAGUCAUGAUGCCAGCUGACUGUUUCAUCUCCAAAUAGGAUUUGCACAGCUUGAAAGUGUGCUCGGGGUCAUUGUCUUGUUGGAAGGUGAAGCCGUGACCAAUAAGACGCUGACCAGAAGGAACAGCAUGUCGUUGCAAAAUGCUGUGGUAUCCAUGCUGGUUCGAUAUUCUUUGGACCUGAUACAGGUCACCAACUUUUCCUGCUCCAAAACAGCCCCAGACCAUCACUGUCACCUCCAUGCUUCACAGUGGGUGUGAUACAGGCAUCUAACAUCUUUUCACCAACACUGCGUCUCAUGUAAAAACGUCUCUUUGACCCAAAACUUCAAAUUUGGAUUCAUCUGCCCGGAGCACCUUCAUCCAAUCAUCUGCUGUCCAGUUUCUUUGCUUCUUUGCCCACUGCAGUCUCUUUUUAUAGUUGUUUGAUCUAUGCAGUGGUUUCUUAGCUGAUAUCCGGCCAUGUAGACCUGCUUGUUGGAGUCUCCGAUGGACAGUAGUACAUGACACUGGUACAUCACGUGCACUGUUGAGAUCAACUGUCAGCUCUGGACAAGUUAGGCAUCUGUUGGGAAGGCUGGACACACUCUUACAUAUUUGUCCUCACUAGAAGAGGUACCUCUUGGUCUUCCACUCCUCUUUCUGUCUUUAUUGGACCCAGACUUUGCCUUUCGUUCCAAGCAAUAUAUCUCACAUUGAAUAACCUUCAUUCCAUGAUGUCUUUAUAGAGGUGUCAUUAUUCAUUUCUUUCUUUCUUCCUUCUUUGUAAAAACGAAAUUGUGUUUUUUGAGGAAAACAUUUCAGGAUUUUUCUCCCUCAACUUCAAAAAUCAUUUCAAAAUCAUCCUACAUCGCUGCAGAAGUACCGACCCAGUCUUUGCAAUGUGAACAUGCAAAGAAGAUCAAACACCCUUAACAAAAAAGGUAAAACAGUGAUAUAGGGUAAGUUGAGGGAGAAAAUAUGAUCAGAGUUUUUCGACAUACGCUAACUUUCUUGAGCCAGAAUACACAGUUCAGGGAGAGCAAGACAAGACGAGCGUUGGCAUUGAAAAGUAUAUAAAUUGUAUUUUUUUUUUUUUUUUUUAAAUGAAAAUAACCGAUUGUUUUGCUAGAUAAGACCCUUCUUCCUCGGCUGGCAUCAUUUACAAUCACAUUUGGGAUCGUUUGAAGUCGCAUAUAAACUGCAUUUUGGAAGUUAAAACUCAGGGCACCAUAGAGGUCCAUUAUAUGGAGAAAAAUCCUGAAAUGUUUUCCUCAAAAAACAUAAUUUCUGUACGACUGAAGAAAAAAAGACAUGAACAUCUUGGUUGACAAGGGGGUGAGUACAUUAUCUGUAAAUUGUUGUUCUGGAAGUGGACUUCUCCUUUAAGAUUUGAAAAUCAUCCAGUGUGUGGCCAUCCUAACAGAGGCUUUAAGAACCUCAACAGCAAGUGUGCAAUGCUCGUUUUGAGUUAUGUUAUGUUAUGUUAUGUUAUGUUAUGUUAUGUUAUGUUAUGUUAUGCACACUUGUCACAUGAUGUGACCUAUUGCUGUUAGAGCUUACCCAGACUCUGUGCUGUAUGGUCAUGGCUAGUGAAAUCACAACUGUGUUAUUGUAUAUUGUAAUAUGUGUAUGAAUUUUAAAGACAUGCAGCUUUUCGUCCAGUGUGCGAGUCUCUUUGUUGUCCUAAUGUUGGAGUCUACUGGUUGAAGAACAUCAUUUAUGUCACCAUAGUUGGUUAUCUUAGUGACUGAGGGUUAAUUACAAACUCUGAUAAUGAUAAUGAGACAAUUUUUCAAAGUAAAAAUGACAUGUGGCCAAUAUGGUGUCCCAUAUUCAGGAUUUGUUCUCUGUAUUUAUUGCAUUUAAAGCGCACAUACACAAGAGAGUAGUGAACAAACUCACAUACACCGUUAACACACACCUGACAUUUUUGGAAAUGUCCACAACCAUUCCCAAUUCCAUAGCCUGUUGUGCUUAUAUUUACAAAGGGUGCCAAUAUUUCUGGAAUAUUGGAAUAUUAUCUUCGCCACAAGGAUUGCUUAUGGUUUUGAAGUCGUGCACUUCUCUGGUCAUGACUGUCAUUGAAAGCUCAAAUGUAUGUCUAAAACAGAGCUCUAAGCUCAUAGAUGUAGAUGAGAAAUGCAGUUGUUGCAAGUAGCCUGUGUUUAUCAUAUACCAGUAGUAACUUUGCCUUUGCUAAUUUGUGCAGAUGCUGGGUCAUUUAUUUUCUACUGCACCUGACAGGCAAAGUGUCUCUGCAGGACUCUGCAAAUGAAUUUAAUCGUGUUGUUGGAGACUCCGUCACCUUGCCAUGCAUAGAUGAGAAUCAACAGCCAAGUAUUGAUGUUUUGUGGCGUUUCAAUGGAAGCAUAAUUGUGUUAAAUAUUAUAGAUGGCAAACCGUUGUUGAACGUCCAGAACGAAAUAUUCAGUAAUCGAACAGAAAGUUUCCCUUCAGCGUAUGCAAAGGGAAAUUACUCAAUUAAGCUAAACGAUCUGCAGUUGAAUCAUGCAGGAAGCUACAUUUGUGUUUUAAAGGAGGUAAAGAGGAUGCAGCUUUUUGUCAAAGAAAAGCCAGAACCAACUCAAAACCCAAAAAACUCGUGCAUUGAAACAGAGUCACUGAAGAUAAUAAUUGUAUUAACUGCUACACUGGGAUUUACUUUGCACCAUUUUUGAAAUUUGCUUCCAGUGCCUGUUACAUUUGGUAGUAUUUAGUAACAGUAACUACCUGGGUUUGCUUUUGACACCUGGACUGUGCUGUUGACCUGGGUUCCAUGGAAAUGUUGAGUCUGUUUCCAUGAGAGUCAUCUACUCAGGUAUUUUUUACCAAACUUGAAACUAUGACUGUGUCAUAUCGUUGUUUUAUGUCAAUUUUCAUCCGUGUUUUUGCCAUUAGUGUGCUUGGUCCUUUAACCAUUACUUCAUUCUGUAUUGCAGUAGGCGGUUGUAUUCGCUGUUACAUUUGUUUGGUUUGCUUGUAUGUUAGAUUUACAAUUACAAUAUGAAAUAGUUACAGUAUAGGAACUUAACCCUCAAAGACCGAUACAGUCGAACGUGGCUAAAAAUGACUAUUGUUUUAAAUAUCUUAAAUAUCAUAUAACUUUUGAACCGCUCAUCCAAUCUGAAUGAUUUAAAAAGUAUCACAAAGCUGAGAUCCUCCGCUCUGAUAUUCAGAGGCUCCAUAGUGAACAUUUGCUUCCUUUAGCCAAGCAGGAACAAUUGAUGAUGCUUAGUCCCACCCCCGUGCCCAGAUUGAUUCAAACUGUCAUCUAUUCAACCAAUAAACAGUUUUUGGACUUUUGAACCACCGAUUAGCACGCUUCUUUGGAAAUUUGAGCAAACUCAAAGGGAAAGUACAUUGUGUGUGCAUGAAAACAAACACAAAAUAGCACAUUUGCAUGACAACACUCUCUGAAAAAGCAUAGAAAAACUCAGGACAGAGCAUGUUGACACAAAACAAAACAAAAGCAAGGAUUCAGUUAGCUAAUGACACUGUUUUGUUUUUAAAGGAUGCCUCUCAGGUUGCUGUAGCAUUAGACACUAUUAAGCCCUUUUCUAAAGCGUCAGGUCUUUGCCUCAACAUUAACAAAUGUGAGCUGCUUCCAAUUGGUAAUUGCCUGGAAUCUUCAGUUAGUAAUAUUCCUGUAAGAGAGAGUGUUACUUAUUUGGGAGUUAAAAUAAUUAAAGACAAUAAAAUUAGAUGCUCCUCCAAUUUUUUCCCGAUUAUAGAAAAGACACGUAAGGUGUCAAAUCAUUGGUUGCAAAGAGAUUUAACACUCAAAGGCAGAGUUCUGCUCUCUAAGGCAGAAGGCAUCUCUCUAUUAUCAUAUGCUGCUCAAUCGAUUUCUGUGGAUAAACACACAUGUAAGCUAAUUGAUGGCAUGUUGACAAAAUUCCUGUGGAAAAACAAAAUUAAUUAUAUUAAGAAACCUGUUACAUUAAAAGAAUUCAGGGUGCUUACUAGGGCCAUACCUGCAGGUGUACAUAUGCUUUUUAAAAGCAGUGUAUGGACAACAGCACUUUAUGUCGAUCCUCCUAGACCUGAACAUACCUCAGUUGGCUCUAUCUGUUUCUCUGGGCUUAAACCUAAUAACUAUAAGAUUAGAUCCUUGUUUUUAAAUAAGAGUAUUUCUUUACCUGCUGUAAUUUUCUACUGGAACAGUAUCUUUAAUAAUGUAAAUUGGUCUCACAUUUGGUCAUUACCUCAGAAAGUUCUCCUUUCAAAUAAGGCUAAGGAAAUCUCAUAUAAAUUAAUCCAUAGAGUUUAUCCUACAAAAGAAUUUCUACAAAAAUGUAAAAUAGAUACUGAUUUAAAAUGCACUUUUUGUGAAUGCUCCAGUGAAACAAUCUCUCAUCAGUUUUGGUCCUGUCAAUACAUCCAGCAUUUUUGGAAUAAUGAUGGUAAUAUUUUAAAAACAUUUUCCUUAUCUUAUAGACAUGACAUUUUGGGUUAUUUUAUUAAAGAUCGCUCUUUAAAGGACGUUUGUUUUGUUAUAAAUUUUAUUUUAUUUUUAUGUAAAUUUCACAUUCAUAAAUGCAAGUUUACAAAGUGCAAACCUCUUUUUUUAGUCCUUGAAAAAGAGAUUAAAAUGUAUAUAGAUGUGAUGGCAAAAUCUAAAAAUAGUAAAGCCGUUAAAAUGAUUAAUAUAUGCUCAUCACUUAACAUUUUCACAUAAAAUAAUGUAAUGGUGCUAAUCUGCAAAGUAUAUUUCUGUAUUAACAAUUCAUUGUAAUAUAUAGAAUGUAAAUAUUUGUGUAAGAUAUAUUUGUCGGUAAACUGCUUAUGUACCCUCUCUUGUUUUUUGUUUGUUUGUUUGUUUGUUUGUUUUGUUUUGUUUUGUUUUGUUAAGCCAGCGGAUCGAUCCAUUUGACAGUUAUAUUAUGGUAAUUCUUCUCAUAUAGUUUAUGAAGAUCAUUUGCACUAUUUUUUUCUGUUGCACUCUGUAUAUUUUCUCUCAUUUUGUGUGUAGUUUGUGAAUCAUUUGCUCUGUUUGUAUAUUUGUUGCACAAGACCAGUUUUCACUACUUGCUGCACUGUUUGCAUUUGUUGCUCAAAAUAUUAUUAAAAUAUUUUACUGUCUUUUUUAUUACAUAAUACUGUUUCCAUUUACUUUACUUUCUAAACAUUUUUGAACACAUCUAUAUUGUCAAUAAA